AUGACUGCCAAUAUAUCUAGAUGUUCUGCUGAUUUGUUGGCGAGAGAAUGUUCUUUCAUAAUCGACAAUGCAGCUGAGCCAACGUUGUUCUUAGAAUCUCAACUCAUCAGCUACGGUGAAAGUGGUCAUGGUGAAAAUAAUAAUGAUCGUCUACUGAACAAAGGCAAUUUGGCUACAUUUAUAUUAUGGAUAAAAGAUAUAGGUUUGACUAAAUCAACCACAAAUAUGACGUAA